AUGCCCGAAAAUGCCACACCCCAUCCUCCGGUAGCCGCUGAUCCGGCGAGGUUGCCCAAAUUGUCCAUUGAUUUUUCCCUGCAACCGGCUCUUAUCUAGGCAAGGCGACCAAAUUGAGACAUUGGCACGGGAAGCGGAAGAACUCCGGAAGAAACUCGACCAGGAACGUCAGAAGCUCAAUGAUAUCCCAAGUCUGUUUUUUUUAAUUCUAAGAAAAGUAAAAGAAAGUAAUUUUUCUCGAUUUUUGUAAGAAAUUCACAUAAAUAUUUCAGUCUCACAGUGAAAAUUUUAAUAACGUUUUUAAAGUAUUUCCGUUUUUUCUUUUGGUGAACGCGUAUUGUUUCAUUAUAAAAAAUCUGCAAACGGCCUAUCAAAAAAAAUUUUGCUCGAAUUCAGUGAAUGAAGAAAAUUUGAAGGAAUAUGUAAAUCGAAUACAGAAGACGUCAACUUGAGAAACUUAUUUGAUUGAUUUAAAUUCUUCAAAAAAUGAAGAACAGCUAUUUACUUCUGAAGUUUACUAUUUUAUUUUUAAGUAAAUUUUUCGCGAAAGCUCCAAAUCAGAAAAAUUUUUUUUGAAACUAUCUCUGGGCAAAUUUUCAGUGGCUAGAGUCUCACCAAGGACUAUUUGAAGAGGACACUGAAGUGGCCACUGAACCCACCUCUAUAGAGGCGACUAUUCUCCUUUUUAGUGGCCACUAUAGGGGUUCUCCAUUUAGUGGCCACUUCAGUAGUUUUUCAUCCAGUAUUCCCUCCAGUAACUCUGAUAACUUUAAAACAAACAUAUUGGGCCAGUUAUGUUGAUCCAUUGAUCCCUAAAGUGGCCACUAAAACUUUUAGUGGUCUAGAAGUAGCACUUAGACCCCCCCCGACCACUAAUUUUUCACCCCUUAAGUGGCCUCUAAUUUGAUUACUAUAACGGCCAGUAAAAAUUUUCCCAGUUGGUGCGUUUUCUCUUCGCAAGUGGGGCGCAUAAGAUGUGCAAAAUUUAGAUGUCUGUCAAAUAUUUAUCGAACCGAGAUUGUACCCAUUUUAGAAGGAUUUAUAAUUUAAACUCCAUCAGGUUGGUAACUAAGAAUUGCAGUUCAACAAGCUGCCGAGCGACUCGAGCCUAUGGGAAACCUAGGAAUAAAACAGCGACGAAUCCUGAAAGGCCAUGCCGGGAAGGUCCUCUGUAUGGACUGGUCGCUGGACAAGCGCCACAUAGUUUCAUCGUCUCAGGUGGGAAAAAAUAAAUAUAUUUACCUUUGAAAUGAGCGCUAUAGGAUGGGAAAGUGAUCGUGUGGGAUGGGUUCACGACGAACAAGGAACACGCGCUGACGAUGCCGACGACCUGGGUCAUGGCCUGCGCUUACUCGCCUUCCAGUCAAAUGAUCGCCUGCGGGUAUGCUCAUUUUGUCAAAUUUAAAGUGGAAAAUGUCUUGGCCACUCGGUUGAUUGACUAUAGUCUGUGUGCCACGACUUGAAAUUUCACCGAACGACAUUCCGCUGUUCCGCUGCGAAGCGUUUUUCGAAUCUAGGUCACGCUUUCAAUUAAUUGUUAUUGCUGUGGGAGCACAUGCAAGGAGAGAACCUUAAUAAGAUUCGCAAAGGCACGCAGCGGCACAGCGGAAUGUCGUUUGGUGAAAUUCCAAGUCGUGGUACAUAGACUAUCGCAAAGGUCUGAGAAAGAUCAAAAACGUCUUCAUUUACAGUGGCUUGGACAACAAGUGCAGCGUGGUGCCUCUCUCGUUCGAGGAAGACAUUAUUCAGAAGAAAAGAAGCGUCGCGACGCAUACGUCCUACAUGAGCUGCUGCACAUUCCUAAGAUCCGACAACUUGCUACUGACCGGCAGCGGCGACAGCACCUGUGCGAUUUGGGAUGUUGAGAGUGGACAGGUUCGCAGGUGGUUUCUCAUCUCAAUCGCCUCAUAACUUUCAGAUGAUUCAAAACUUCCACGGUCACACUGGAGACGUUUUCUCCCUCGAUAUUCCUAAAUGCGACACCGGCAACACUUUCAUUUCUGCCGGUGCUGACAAGGUAAACGUUUGAAAAAAUUUUCAAUCCUAAAAAAAAGAGAUGUGUGAAAGAAAGAGUCUGUUCAUUGAAAAAUAUAGUGCGUACCGCGCGAGAUGGUCACGUUUUUAACGAACAGAAAAGAAAAAGCUACCGUAAGUACAAAGUUUUGCUCUACAAAACUGCUCAAAAGACAGCAAAAACAAAAGUCUUGAAGCGAAAAUGCUUAUUUUUGAUCUAAAUUGGUAUACGGUAUUUUUGGCGAAAAGGAAAACGUGUCAAGCUGGCGCGAAAUUGGCUAUAGCAACGUUGACUUUCUCUUCAUGGUUCGCCUGGAUUUAAGAAAAGUUAUUAUUGAAAAAAAGUGCCUAAGCUUUUCCGAACUUCCGAGGAAGUAUUUUUUUCGAAUAAAAUAUGUCUUGCUUGUAGCAUUCAUUGGUUUGGGACAUUCGAAGCGGCCAGUGCGUUCAAUCUUUCGAAGGCCACGAGGCCGAUAUCAAUUCGGUCCGAUUCCACCCCAAUGGCGACGCCUUCGCUACUGGAUCCGACGACGCCACGGUACCUUUCCACGAAGAGAAUUUUCAUAUAUCAAUAUUUUUAGUGCCGCUUAUUCGAUUUACGCGCCGACCGACAAGUUUGCGUGUAUGAAAAAGAGUCUAUUCUGUUCCCUGUAAAUGGAGUCGACUUCAGUUUGAGUGGUGAGCUUUCUCUGUUUUACAACUUCUUAUAAUACAAAUCUAAUUUUUAAGGACGCAUCCUUUUCGCUGGUUAUGGAGACUAUCGCGUAGGCGUAUGGGAUUCGCUCAAAUGCGUUCGUCAUUCUGUGCUCUACGGCCACGAGAACAGGUAAACCGGGAUUCGAAAUUAUCACUGAUUUCUCUAUUUUCUAGAAUCAGCUGUUUGCGAACAAGUCCCGAUGGAACGGCAAUCUGUUCAGCAAGUUGGGACUGCACCAUACGAAUUUGGGCCUGA